AUGCUACGGAGAAGUUUUACAUUAUCUUCUAGUUUUAAAAGGGAUCAAACAAGCGAGACAUCACUUCAUCAGCUCAAUAGAUGGAUACUAGAAUACCUGACCUUUCAUGGUUUUUUUGAAACAUCAGCCACCUUUGAACAGGAGAUUAACAACAGACUGCUAAAUGAAAGACCAACAUCAGCAAGAAUAGAAAAUCGUUCGAAAGUUAUGCCUGAAUCUCAACGAACACAAAUCAUUGACGAAAUGAUGUCCUCCUUAGAAGCUGGUGAUUACAAGAAUUAUUUUUACUUGUGGGAAAAGCAUGUUUCUCCCAUGCUAAGAUCCAGUGAUCCAGAAACGCUCAAACUCGAAUUUUUCACUCGACUAUAUUGCGCCACAAUCCCUAUUAGGGAGAAAAAAGAUAAGCAAGAGCACCGAAAGUAUGUGCAAGAUUUCAAACAAUAUCUUGACAUGAAGGCAGCAAUUUUGUCAACAUUUUCAGAGCUGCUACCGUAUUAUGCAUUUCCAUACAUUCCUGACCCAUCCACACACCCAUCUUUCGUCAACAUGUUCCAGAGCAAAUGGAAAAAUGAUUUAUUCGACAGAAUCAAGACCUAUUUAGAGACCACUUUUUCGAGAAAUAUUGAGCAGCCAUAUCUUCAUACAUUGGCUUCUUCAUAUUGUCAACCCAGUGUCAACUCUAGCACAAAUAAUUUACUCUCAUCAAUGAAUUUAAAUAACGGAGGGUCAGGAUACAAACAAUUGGUCGAGCAACAGAAAAAAGAGUUUACAGCCCAUAUGGAUUUCAUACAAAACAAGUACAGAGAGCUUUAUGGAUUAAGCGCAGAUUUAAUUAGGGCUUUAGAGGGAGUUAUGAAAGGAAAGAAACUGAACAAGCAAUUUUUAAAUGUAGUUGAGGACUCAUUAGGAUCAUUACAACUCGAGUCCAUUCUACCUGCUCUCAUUCCAAGGAACGAAGAAAAUGGUAACGAGACCGCAAUACCAUUUGUUUCCCUAGAUUACACAAAGUUGAAAAACUUUUUCCAAAAAGAGAGCAAUUCUCCAGUAAUUCCCUACGUGUUACAAGCACUUCGUUGGAGAUUGUCCAAAUCAUCCAGUUUACGAAUGAAAAUUAACAACAUGAAAACAAUGAUCUAUUAUGAUAUUUUUGGAAUUGUAAAUAAUGAGAAGAAAAUUCUUGGAGCUCUCUUAUUUUCAAAAGAUGACAUGGUUGUAGAAUAUGCAUUAAGAUUGAUUAACAUUAUAGCUUCUGAAAAUAUUGGAAUUGUAUAUCUUAUCAAAGAUUUUCCAAGAAACUCAUUAAUAAGCGACCUAAUUCAAAUACUUGAAGUGGAACAGUCAGAUACCAUCAUUCGACAAAAUGUAAUUGCAAUUCUACAAAAAAUUAGCGUCAAGUCCCGACCCCAAAUCCAUAUGAUUGAAAGUGAUGUCAUUGGAAUUUUAUGCAGGAUUCUGAGUGACGGUGCUCAAAUGUGUAGUGACUAUUCGACUGAGUAUGGAGUAGCCUUGUUGAUGAAUUUAUGUCUAGGAAAGGGAGCGAUUGUCCGGUGUGAAAGAAUUGAUAAUAUCAUCGACGUAUUGAUGGAUUUGGCUCAACACGAGAGUCCACAAGUAAGAACCUAUGCCAAUGGAACGUUGUACAGCCUUCUGAAUUCUAGUGCUGUAUUAAAAGAAAAGGCAAUCUCGGGCGGCAUUGAAGAUCGACUCAGAAUUAUUAAACGACAAUCUGAGGAUGAACUCGCAAAACAAAUUACAUUCAUACAGCAAGUGUUAGAGAAAGACACUGUCGAAGGAGAGACAGAAGAGGAGAGCUUUGAUGACGAGGAAGAAGAAGACCUCAAUUCAUUACUACUCCAAGAUGUAGAAUCCGAUGAGAACAUUGAUACUGAAUUAGAGGAGGAGAGUUUAUUGUGGACAGAAGACCAACCGAUAGGAGAAGAGUUAUUGUGCCAUUAUUUCCUUGCCUCCAAUGAGCAAGCAGAGGAGGAACAAGAUUUGUUAAAAUCAAAGGAUUUAAAUAACUAG